AUCAUGGUGAGCGUAGUAUGUAACGCCGAGAAACUCUGCAAACAAACCCAUUCUGUCAACAUUCCUACUUUAUAUGAUUUCAGAUAUGAUCUCGAACUUUGUUAUUUACCCAAAUACUGUGUGUUUAGGGGGGAUUCACCGACAAGUGCUCCUCAAAGUUUGUUUAAGCUAUCUUUGUCAUAGAUGCACGGUCUAUGGGCUACUACUAGCUAACGUUAGACUGUGGCUAGGGGAUAAUGUUUCAUGGGUUUAUGUUGAUACAACAUACUGUUUCAUGGGUUUAUGUAGAUGCUACAUAAUGUUUCAUUGGGUUCUGGGGCUACAACAUACUGUUUCACGGGUCUCAGUGGCUACUACAUAUUGUUUCAUGGGUUUCUGUGGCUACUACACUGUUUAUGGGUCCAAAUUCAUUUCAAACUUUAUUUAAAUAUACAUUUAUUCAGACACAUCGGCUUUCAGGUUAAUAUGGUAGAUUACCUCUCAUCUUGUAGCUCAUAAAUCAAUUCUACAAUCUAAAGGAGUUGGAUCUGAAUAGUUAGCAAGACAAACUAAAACCAAUACGAUAUCGGAUGUAUAAGUAUAGACUGCGUAGUGUCUAUGAUCAUACCAUUCACCUGUGGUGUAACAGUGUGAGCAAGAUUUGAUUAAUUGGUUCAAACUAAGCAGAAAAGUGACCAUAUAAAAAUCCCAAAGAACAGUAACAAUCGUUACUGUCGGACGAAUAGAAAAACACAGCAUUCACAGUGUCUGGCAUUUGGUAGCCUAAAUGGUUCUCUUGAAUGAUUUUAUUGAAUGCAACUAGGCUAUAUAAGUCCAGUGGUUGACCUCUGCGUUUUCUCAAAGAUCUCCCUUAUUGGAAAGUCUUAUCAAUACGGUUAGGCAAGAGUUUUUUUGUUGUUGCUUUUUUUAUCAUGCCGCAGCACAAUCCCUACUCCGAAUAGUCCCACUCGAACAUGAUCUAAUUGGGAUAUAGUUUAGUCUAGUUAAUUAAGUAUAUUGUAAUUAGGCAAUGCACAUGAUUACGCCUUCAAUUUAAGUGUCCUUAUGACAGCCACGCAACGCGUUCCGGCUCGCGUGCCUCGCAUUAGGCGGUAGCAAACUUCUAUUACGCAACUUCUAAAUCAAAGUCAUUAUUCUGCGCUGAUCGCUUGGCGCCCGAAAUGAUGUCUUCAGGGCAAAAGGCUCCAGCGAGUUACAGCCAGUUACUUCAAACAAGGGCUGUACCAUUCUACUCUGCCAGCUCAUUUAAGCAAGGUUUUUUUUUCCACUAAUAAGCAAAUGAGCUCUUAUGCAUUUUGUGUCCUCGAAAGGUAUCAUGUGAUUAUGGAACUGUUGUUUCAUAUCGCGGUCGACAAGCACCAACUGAACCAGUGGGAUCUUGUUAAAAUUGUUGACGACAUAUGCUUGUUGUUAUGGUGAGAUCAUACUGUAUAUGAUCUCAUUACAAGUCUCAAAAAAUAAGCACCAUGCGCUCUUGUUUAUCAUGGAGGCAGCCUCUGUGAUCUGCUGAAGCUUGCUCUCUUAUGGCGUGUUUAACAACAAGCCCUGACUAAAUGCAAAAGUCUCCUACCAGCUAAAUAGACUAUAUUGUAUCAAUAUCAAACCUUGAAUUGCAAGGGUUCCUCACCCAUAAAAGUCACUUAACAUAAGUCUUCAAUUAGUGACUGGCUUGAAGCAACAUUUUUGUUGAGUGCAGGUUAUUAAUUUAGCACACAGCGAUUUAUUUUAUGUGGGCCAUUAAUGAUUAGGGAGGGGCAUCGCUCUUCAUGCCUACAGGUAGAUUGUGGAGAUUUGGGUGUAGGGUUAAAAUGAUUUAUUGUAAUUAUUUACUUUUUAUCAGUAAACUUAUAUUAAUGAAGAAUAACUUAUCAUAAGGACACUCCUUGACCACAAAAUAUUUGAUUUCAUUCUUGGAGCAAGAUGAAGGGAAGAUGCAGGGAGCCAUUUACCAAGCAUGCAUUCAGAGAGACAUUGGAUGGACAUGAUUCUUAUGGGGAAACACAUUAACAACAAAGGGUAAAAGAGUGAGGGGAUGUGAGCAUUGUGGAGAGUUUAGGGUUGGCCAGGGCUGAUGUUGGCCGUGGCCGGAGUGACAAUGUUAACCUGCACUAUUCUAGGAAGAACGGCUACGUCUGCAAGGCUGCAAGCCAAAUAAAUUCACAAUACAAAGGAGGCAGAAGAUUGGCUUGGGCCGAGCACCAGGCGCCGUGACUGCAACGCGAAUGCAAACUACCUCAACACCUUUUAAAAUGGAGAGGUGGAAAGGAAGCUAUCUCUAGGUGUAAAGUCGAAUGUAUACAAAGGGCUUUACCAUAUAUUAGUAAUGAUAUGAACAAGGUUGAUAUCAUUUUUCAAUAAAUUAUAUAUAAAAAUUUCAAUGAAUAAUUCCCCGUCAAUUAUAGAUUACAGUGUUGAGCCUGAAACGUGAGCAUGCUGAGUCCUGAUGGGGUCAUGUCUGUGCAUCUCUCAGCAGAUUGUAGGGAAGUACUUUAGCGUGGUCGGCUAGAAUGACUACAAAGGGCGUGCCCGGGAUAGUUGUGUGGUAUUGACCUGAACAUAAUUACUCCCUAUCACCUCCAUGUGUGAGUGUUAGCCCCGCCCCAUUGGAAGGCUAUCCGUGGGCACCACAACAAGUGUGCACUGUGGAAGCUCUCAGGUUUGUCUAUUAGAGUGGAAGCUCUCAGGCGUGUAGUGGCGUGUAGUGUGGAAGCUGUCAGCCAGGUGUGGGUCGAAUCUCACAGGUUUGUCCACAACAGCUCUUAACACCCCCGUCACAAUGGCACCGCGGCGGCAGGAACUGAACCCUGUGUCGUCUCUCUCGUGGGACUCCGGAGCGAGGAUGAGAGCCGACGUCGUGCCGACGCCACCCCUGCUGCUGCUGCUGCUGCUGCUGCUGCUGCUGGCGGCGCCGGCUCACGCCUGGACCGGACGGACCUCUGACCCGGACGCCGCCUACGGCAGCGCCGCCGGUUUCCUCAUGGGCCUGAGCCGACCGGCCAACUCCAGCCGCAUCUUCUACGGCGUGAUGUUCGACGCGGGCAGUACGGGCACCCGCAUCCACGUCUACACCUUCAUCCAUCAGGACACAGCGUUGCCUGUGUUGGACAAUGAGAUGUUCCAUUCCAUAAAACCGGGCCUGUCCGCUUAUGCUGACUCUCCAGAAACAGCCGCCCACACGGUGAAGAUGCUGCUGAAGGUGGCCAAGAAGACGGUCCCUCGGCUGGAGUGGAAGCGGACCCCGGUGAUCCUGAGGGCCACGGCCGGCCUCCGGCUCCUGGCCCCGGAGAAAGCCCAGGCGCUGCUGGAGCAGGUGGAAGACGUGCUGGAAGACUCUCCCUUCCUGUUGCCCGAUGACGGCGUGGGCAUGAUGGACGGCACCAGUGAAGGAGUGCUGGCCUGGAUCACCAUCAACUUCCUGACAGGUCACCUGUACGCAAACACUCAGAACACCGUGGGAAUCCUGGAUCUUGGGGGAGGAUCCACUCAGAUCACCUUCCUGCCAAAUCUCCGGAAGACCAUUGAAAGCUCCCCCGGUGUGGACUAUGUCGCCCAAUUCGAGGUGUUCAACUCGUCACACCAGCUGUACAGUCACAGUUACCUGGGGAACGGACUGAUGGCGGGACGACUGGCGACGCUGGGGGCCCUGGGGGCUGAAGGGCUGGAGUGGAGGGUCUUCACCAGCGCCUGUCUGCCCAACCGGUUCAGCGACCAGUGGAGAUUCGGGGGGCUCACUUACCACCUCCGAGGGGCCCAAGACGGCAACGCGGGCUACCGGCCGUGCCAUAAGGAGGUGCUGAAGGUGGUGCAGGGGGUGGUCCACCAGCCCCCGGAGCUCGGCGACGGCACCGCCUUCUACGCCUUCUCCUACUACUUCGACCGCGCCGUGGACGCCGGCCUCAUCGACGGUGUUCGUGGGGGCACGCUGGAGGUCAGAGACUUCAAGAAGCGCUCUAAGGAGGUGUGCAACAAGAUGGCUGAGGGGGGACCGGGCGUGGCCAGGCCCUUCCUGUGCCUGGACCUGACCUACAUCACCUGCCUGCUGAAGGAGGGCUUCGGCUUCAAGGAGAGCACCGUGCUACAGCUGACCAAGAAGGUUAACCACGCUGAGGCCAGCUGGUCUCUGGGCGCCAUGUUGGACCACUUCUACAACCUGAAGAUACGCUGAGGUGUGUGUGUG